AUGGCCAAGCUUUUGGCCAUUGCUUGUAUUGCUGAUGGAAAGACCCAUGUCUGCAACUGGGGCCCACACUUUCAUCUUCUCUCCCCAGCGUUCCUGUCUGCUGGCCUCAGUGUACCUGCACCCUCGGAGACCUACUCCCUGCCCGUGCCCAGCUCCAGCUGGGAGCCCCAGCUGCAGACACCGUUCCCGUCAGGACUCUGCACCACCUCAGCAGAGGCCCAAGCUGUGGCCGAGCCCACUGGACAGGGCCCCAAGAACCCACGUGUGUCCGGCGUGACAGUUCAACUGGAGAUGAAGCCUCUAUGGGAAGAAUUCAACCAGCUGGGCACUGAGAUGAUUGUGACCAAGGCAGGCAGGAGAAUGUUCCCCACCUUCCAGGUGAAGAUUCUGGGCUUGGACACGCUGGCUGACUACGCCCUGCUCAUGGACUUCAUCCCACUGGAUGACAAGAGAUACAGGUAUGCCUUCCACAGCUCGGCCUGGCUGGUAGCAGGCAAGGCUGACCCUGCUACACCUGGCCGUGUGCACUUCCACCCAGACUCACCGGCCAAGGGCGCCCAGUGGAUGCGUCAGAUCGUGUCCUUUGACAAGCUCAAGCUGACCAACAACUUGCUGGAUGACAAUGGCCACAUAAUCCUCAACUCCAUGCACCGCUACCAGCCCCGUUUCCACGUGGUCUUCGUGGACCCUCGCAAGGACAGCGCUCGCUACGCCCAGGAGAACUUCAAGUCCUUCGUCUUCGCGGAGACCCAGUUCACGGCUGUGACGGCCUAUCAGAACCACCGGAUCACCCAGCUGAAAAUCGCCAGCAACCCUUUUGCCAAGGGUUUUAGAGAGAGUGACCUGGACUCCUGGCCGGUGGCCUCACGGCCCCUGCUCAGCAUCCCAGCCCGAAGUCGCAGCAGUCUGGCUCCCUGCCUGCUGAGGGGCUCCACCAAGCGGGAGAAAGACCCCAACAAAGCUUCAGCCUCCACCUCCAAGACCCCUGCCCGGCUCCAUCAUCAGCUGUUACCCUCUCCUGAAGCCCUGCUGGCCCCAGCCACCUACAGGCCCCUCACUUACCAGGGCCUUUACCCUGGAGCCCCAAGCCCUCUUGGAAUUCCACGGGGCCGACCCACACCAUACCCCCUCCCCAGCAUCCGUGGUGAUGGGGAUCAGGGAGGCCUGACUCUCCCAGCUGGGCUGGGGCUCCUGUCCCCCACUGCCACAUGCCUGGGACCUAGCCAGGACUCUCAGUGAUGUCGGACGUGCUGUGGAAGACCUCCUACCCUGGACCCCUCACCCAGAAUAGGAAUCAGCCUCUGCCCCGACUCCUUCAGCCUCACCCCUACAGAGAUCCCCUCUCACAAGGUCAACAGGCCAGCUGGUCCUUAAGAGGAAAGCUACCUGCUCUGUCCAGCAAGGCCAGGGCCAUGCCAGGCUUGAAACCAGGCCUCCCACCUCCCACCCCAGCAACUGUGAAUCCUACCCUGGGGUGGCUCCUCCAAACCUCGCUUCACCUGUCUCUUCCCCACCCCCAACAUUAAACCAUUUGGCAUGGGUAGUCAGAGCACCUUCUGUCCUGGGGAAAGGGAGGGGUCCAAGAACUCCCAAAAUCGACGGUAGGAGUAGGCAUCCCAAAAGCUGGGUCAGGUGGCACCUCCAUCCCCAAGAGCACACAGUGACGGUUUCCGUGGUGACGCCAGCCAAAUGACAGAGCUGCACUUAACUCUGUGAAGGAGGCUGGGGUUCCGGUUCCCUGCUUUGUGAGCCCAUCCAUAUGAGGGCCGAAAGUGCGGCUGAGAGGCGCGGACCCUGCUCAGUCACACAGCAAAGCACAGGGAACGGACAGCACCUGCCAUUCCACCUUUAAGUUCUGUGCACGAGGCUGGCCGUCUGGUCCUCGAGGGGCCAGGAUUCGGUGAAGGUUGCAGAACCACGGUUAGGAAGUGACCACAGAGGCCAGAGGAAGGGAAGCAGAGACUUGGGGAUCCCAUCAAGACCUCAGGAGGAGGGAAGAGCCCGGGCGCCCUGUGGCUGGACAGGUCUCAGGGAAUAAGACUGCAGGCGGCGCGUGCCGCCCGGUCCUCGGCCCCCUGUAGACGGCGCCCCGGGGAUCCGACUUGGCACAUUCCGGAGCUCUUCCUGUGAGCCCCUCCAGGGAGGAACGGGCACCCAACCGGCAGACCCUGAACAGCCAUGCACCCCAACUCCACAGCCCCGCGGUCAGGAGGACCCAGGCAGGCCAUCCAGGUGUUCAGGCAAAACACUCCAGACUGCCAGCCGCGUUCUAGGGCCCUUCCUCGAAAGCCACGCCCCUAGCGGGCAGCUCCCCACCGGAAACCCAGUCUGUCUAACGACGCCCCUUCCGGAAACGCCCCCACGAGUUGGCCGCAAGGUCACGCCCCCAUCCCGUGUUGUGAAGAUUCAGCCUCAGACCACGCCCCUAACACAACCCUAUUGCCUCUAAGGCCCCGCCCCCUGCCGUAAUUCACUGUAUCGCCGGCUUCCGG